UUUUUAUGUGAAAUCACCCUAUGCCAGCCUUGUCCGUAAGUAUAUGCCUUGAUUGUUAACUGACCACCCACGACAGAUCGAUAUUCCUGCUGUUUGAUGCGGGCUUUGCAUAGGCUUAAGCCGAGGCAAGAGCGAUCAACUCAGCCCCCGUGCAAAUCAUGUUUCGCCACGACCCCACUCAGCCGUGACCCAUGUGAAACUUGCCAAAAACACGAUCCUUUCAAUGAACACAACUCUUCUCAGUAACGGUGCAACCUUGGACUGAGCUUUGGUUACUUGACGGACCAACAUCAUGGAGGAUGAAUAUGAUCCGCAGUGGCUCGCACUCGAAAGGGCUGGCGGGGGCCCAAAGGAGCUUCGAGGUACUGGUCAAGAGAUAAGAGAGCAGUACGAUUCCAUGCUGCUGGCGCUUUCGCAGCAGUGGCCAGCUCAGCCAUCAGUUCAUACACGUGACUUGACAAUUGGAUCCGAUUCACCGGUUGGGCAGAUUCCGAUUCGAGUUUAUUCGCCGUCAUUGGAGCAAGAAGCCAAGUUGCCCCUUGGUGUCUUGUUUCAUGGCGGUGGAUGGCUGUCUGGUACACUGGACAGUGAGCACGCACAAUGCUGCAUUAUCGCCAAGGAAACACCAUGUGUCAUUUUCUCUGUCGGGUACAAGUUGGGACCAGAGCACAAAACUCCAGAGAUACUGGCCAGCUGCGCGUAUGCACUCCGCUACGCCUACACUCAUGCUGCUGGAUUGGGCGGUGACCCCGAAAAGCUUUUCACUAUUGGAGGAUCUGCUGGUGCUACUUUGGCGCUACAUUUUGCUCCUGCGUCAAUCGGCGACAACAUAAUGGGUGCGCCGGUUCGUGGCUGCAUUGCUCUUAACCCUGUGGCCUUGUACCCUGAGCAGCCACCCAACAAGUACCAGCACCUAUACCGGUCUUUCAAAGAGUUCGAGUUCACCGCCCGUUUCGUCAAGGGCCCUAAUGUGCGAGGAGCUUUCGAAAGCAUCGCGACAAAACCAGAGGAUCGGGACAUUGUGAAUUUCGCUUAUAGUGAUUCAUCGUACCACUCCCAGUUUCCGCCAACGUACAUUGUGACUUCUGAGAAAGAUGUGAUGCGCGAUGAUGGGGUGAUUAUGGAAGCUCUACUGCGAGAUGCAGGCGUGCCUGUCAAAAGAGAUCAUUAUAUGGGAAUGCCGCAUUAUUUCUUCGUCUAUCCCUCAUUGGACAGGAGCAAGGCUUUCCUUGAAAACACCGCAGCUGGUAUCCGGUUUGUGCUGAAGGAAGAUCCCUUGUCGGCAAACAUACUUUAGCGCACCUACCGUCAUAGCUCCGAUACUAGACUUUGCGGAGAGAAGACCGCGCACUCGCU